AUGUCGCAACCUCCAGGCUUGUUCAGCGUACGCCGCCCUCGAGAAACCUUGGGCAAUAUCCAGAACUUCUCAGGGAUCCCACAACCUGCUUCGGCCAUAAAGCGCGUCUCUUCAAGCAAUGAACUUCGAAACGCGCCUUAUACCGCCUCCCACGUUCGAUCGACUUCGAUCAAUCAGACCAUUCAGCGCCCUGCGCAACCCAUUUUCCAGCGGUCCUCUUCUGGUGGCAAUCUCGCAGACAUGGGUAUGUCAACCGCUCGAAGGUCAGCCUCAAACAAUAUUUUCGGGAGUGCCCACACCAGUCGACAAAGUCUCGCUCCAAACCAGCUGUUCGGCUCGCAGACACCUGCUUCUCAUAGCCUCCAGCGAAGAAGCAGCAUCUUCUCUCGGCCUUCGGGUCAUGGACCUACUGCGCAUCAGUCGUUCUUUUCACAGCCACCGGCCCCAGCAGGCGCGCCGAAAGACCCGAGACCAUUGAGAGACGCGUCGUACAGAGCACGACUGAGCCAGGAACUGUUGGAUUAUCUGACGCAAAACAAUUUUGAGCUAGAAAUGAAGCAUUCGUUGACACAAAAUUCCGUCAAAUCGCCAACGCAAAAAGACUUCACAUUUAUGUUCCAGUGGUUGUACAGGCGGAUCGAUCCGGGGUACAAAUUUCAAAAGGGCAUUGAUAGCGAAGUCCCUCCGAUCAUGAAGCAGUUGAGAUAUCCUUACGAAAGAGACAUCACCAAAUCGCAUCUUGUGGCUGUGGGGGGUCAGAAUUGGCCUCGAUUUCUCGGACUACUCCACUGGAUGAUGCAACUCGCGCAGAUGCUGGAUAACUUCACACGAGGCGCCUACGACGAUGCCUGUGCCGAAGCGGGAGUGGACGUCGCCAGCGACCGAAUCGUCUUCAGAUUUCUGUUCGGUGCCUACCAGGAUUGGCUCCAAAUGGGACCCGAAGAUGACGAAGAAAGUGAGCAGGCAGCCUUGCAGCCACAUGUUCAAGCGAUGACGGACGAGUUUGAACGGAUCAACGCGAAGCAUGCGGAGGAACUGAAAAUGUAUGAAGCAGAGCAUGAGGCUUUGAAGGCCCAGAUCGAAGAGUUUGAGCGCCAUGCACCCGAUAUCGCCAAGCUUGACAAGCACUUCAAAAUCCUGGAAGACGACAAGAAGAAAUUCGAGGAAUACAACGCCAAUGUCCACGCCAAAAUUGAAAAGUACGACUCGAGGAUUAAGAUUUUGGAAGCCGAAAUCCAAAAGACGGAAGCGGACCUGCAAAUGGUCGAACAAGACCGUCAAAACCUUCAACAAUCUGUGGACCGACAAGGCCUCAACAUCCAGGACAUUGACCGAAUGAAUACGGAACGGGAUCGAUUGACCAAAAGCCACGAAGAUGCACUGCUUGCGCUAGACGAGGUCAACAAGAAGGUCCUCGAGAAGGAAGUAGAAACGGCACGCAAACUAGAGGAUCUCGAGGCCAUCGUCAAACGGUACAAUUCCCUCGGUUACCAAAUGUCUCUCAUCCCUUCGACGGCAGCCAACGCCAAAGGCGCUGAUUAUGAGCUGUCUCUCCAUAUCUCCGAAAGUAGUUUUUCAUCGUCACAGAACAGACGUCGAGGAUCCCCGGAAUCUGACCGCCUCCUUGCCGAUCACAAUGUCGGCUACUCCCCAAUGCAUCUGUUGAACCUGGACCUCCGCGGAGCUGUGCGUAAUGCAUUCAUUAGUCUGCGGAAAGAAAUCAACGAACGCCGGAAAGCUGCGGCAGAUGCCGAUUUGAAUGCUCGAGACUUCUUAGACAACAUUUCCGAAGCUCUACACGAGAAGAACACCGAGAUUGACAAUCUUAAUUAUCGUGUCAAUGAGGCCAGUCGCACAUACGCCAGCCUGAAAGAGAGUUACAACACUGCACACACCCAGCAAACGAGUGCGAUCGAAAAAUUGGAAAAGGAGCUGGCGAGAAUGCGAGAGGGCUUGGAGAGGGGCGUGGUGGAGCUUGAGCAGCGAGAAAUGGAAGUGCAAGUUGCAUGGGAGUCGAUGCGAGAAGAAGCAGCUAGGGUGCGUGAAGAACUCCAUUCAGGCAUCGAACGAUGUCUGGAAGACGUGAUCCGAUUCAAAGUCCAUGUCCAGAAAGGUCUGGAGGAAUUUGAAGGAUGGGUUGGUGAAGAGGUAGAGGUUGAAUUACUGGGUGACGAGGGGCGAGAUCCAAGUUUAGAGGGAAAGGGAGGCCGCAUUGACAGAGGCGAUGACCGGGAUGUAUUUGAUUGA